AUGAAUAUCGAUAGCUUAGAAUUAAGCAUAAUUCAAGUUUACGCUUCAACAGAGGCCUCGAGCGACGAAGAAUUGGAAUUUUUCUACAGUACUGCUGACAAAGCCAUACAACUCUCAGAAAAAAAUUUCAUAGUCUUGGGUGACUUUAACGCCAAAAUAGGACAAACCAAUCCCAACGAAACAGUCACUGGUAACCACGGAUAUGGAGAUAGAAACUGUAGAGGAAACAGGCUCAUCGAUUUUGCACAUGAGAACAAUUUUGCAAUUAUGAACACCAUUUUCAAAAAAACAAACAAACAAAGAUGGACUUGGAUAUCACCCAACGGGAAAAUAAAAAAUGAAAUAGACUACAUUUUAACAAACUUACACAGAAACAUAUAUGAUAUUCAGGUUUUAAACAUCACUUACCCUCCAGAUCAUAGACCAAUGAGAGCAUCAUUAAACAUUGUUCCCAAAACAAAAAGUCGUAGGAAGUUCGGUCAGUGCCCCAGAUUCCAACUAAAAAACGAAGAAGAAGUGGAAACCUACAAGCAGACACUAAAUAGCAACUUAAUAAACCUACUAGAGAACCGGAGAGAUGAGGACACCGUUCAGAAUUAUUAUGAUGAUAUAAUAAACGCAAUAAACAACAGCCUGAAAAAAGCUCACGAGGUUUCAUCCAACAGAAACUCAGUUAAAAACCAAGUACUAUCAGCACGCACAAAGGCGUUAAUUUGCAGAAGACAAGAAUUACAAAGGACAAAACCGAAAUCCAGAACCAUGAAAAAUGAACUAAAAGCACUCUACAAACUCAUAAGUAAACGUAUUAAUCUAGACUAUAAGGUGCACCGCAUAAGAAUCAUUGAAAAACAUCUAAAUACUACAAAUAGUGUCAAGAAAGCAUACAAAGAAAUCAGAACACAAAACAUGGAUUGA